UGUUGCAUGGCGUUUUCCGGGUUGCUGCUUCAGCAUUAGACGCUCUGGCCGAGUCACGGCUCUCUACCGGAAACCGGUGAAGUACAUGGAUAUUUCAAAUUUGCCAUCACACAUCCUUUGGACAGCCACACAGCCUUUGGACAGUCGAAAGAUGGCUUGCAUCGCCAGCAUCUCGGCCGCCAUCUUGAGCACCUAUUAUGCGCUUCAAAAGUGUGCCACCGGUGACCUCCACGGCAUGUUCAUCUACACCAUUGCCCUAGCAGCCACCAUUCUUGUUGCGGCGUUUACCUGGUACUCCCGAAGAAAAUGUCGGGGUCUAUGCCCAAAGCUGCAGCCGCCCGGACCGAGAGGAAUUCCCCUUUUGGGAAACUUGGAGUUCAACAAACGGGGCUUCUAUCACACCAAAGCAAUGGACUGGGUAAGACAAUACGGACCCUUGUUCAGAUUCAAGAUGCUUGCAGUGAAUGUGGUCGUUGUCAAUGAUUACGAUCUCAUCAGAGACACGUUUUCGAAGCCAGAGAUACUGCACCGCCCGGCAGCUUGGUUACUGAAGGAGACCACAGAAGGUCUCGCUGUUCUUGGCGGUCGGGAAUGGCGGGAGAACAGGCGGUUCGUGACGCAAGCACUCGUGGACCUCGGCUACGGAAAGCAAACCAUGUGGGACCGAGUUCAGGUCGAAGCUCAGCAUCUCGUUGGCACAAUUGACAAAUUCGGCGGUGCCCCCAUUUUGCCCCGCGACUUGUUGUUCCGGUCUGCGUGCAACAACGUGGUAACGUUCCUGUUGGGUCGACGUCUGGACCUCGACGAUCCACGCCGGAGGGACAUGGACGAGCACCUCGAGGGAUUUCUGCUGGGCAGCGCCGCCUCGUCGAUUGACUGCCGCCCACAGUGGCUGAAGAGGCUCGAGCGGUGGCUGUGUCCCCGUUCGCCCCGCGUGACCGUUGAGGACCUGGCCAAUGAACUUGAAGCCAUGUCCAAGAGAGAAGUCCAACGAGCGAUGCGCAUGGACGUCUCCCAGCGUAACAAAGCUGUCAUCGACAUCUACAACGAAAAGCUAGAGGAACUCGGCAGCGGACAUGACAUCUUUACAGAGGGCCGGCUGGUGGGCAACGUGACCGACUACCUGCUGGGCGCCACAGCCGUGGUGGCACUGUUCCUUCAAAGCCACGUGCUCAACUUUGCCGCCCACCCAGACACUCUGCAGGAGCAGGUGCGGCAGGAGAUUGACCGCGUUGUGGGCAGAGAUCGGCUGCCGACGUGGGCGGACCACGUCCGCAUGCCGCUCACCAUGGCCACCAUCUGGGAGAUGUACCGGUGGAAAGCGUGCACGCCUUUUGGCAUCCCUCGCGGAGUAGCGGAAGACACAGUGAUUGGCGGCUACCACGUUCCCAAGGGUACCGUGCUGCUGCCAAACUUUUGGGCCGUCCACCAGAGCACCAAACUCUGGAAGGAGCCUGAAAAGUUCGACCCGUCGCGCUUUAUCGGACCAGACGGCAGCGCACCAUCCACUAGGCCUGCACACAUAAUCACCUUCUCGUUAGGUAAAAGAAUCUGUCCUGGAGAAAGCUUGGCGACAGCUGAGGUUUUCCUGUACUUGACCAUGCUGCUUCAGAAGUUCAGAAUCCUUCCAGAAGAAGGUACCACCUUACAAAUCGGAUCGUACCAGCCGCUAUACGAGCACGCUGCUACAAAAAUACGUUUCCUGCCCCGCUCUGAUUAAACUCUACUUAGAAAAGAGCUGAGGAAGCAGCAAUAUUGUCUCCGUACACUUCGUCUGGUUCCUUCCGUGCGAUGGCUCCUUCUAUUCGUUUACGCGAUGGCUGUUUUCACAUGGGCCAUGAUUGCUUUAUGUGAGAAGGAACUUUCCUAUCUUGCUACAGUGAGGUGGUGAUGUCCUCUGGCCACUGCGUGACACUGCGUUCGUGUUUUUUUUUCACAGCUACUAGUAGUUUGGUUGACCUGAUCACUUCCGCUUAUCUCGCGUUACCCGCUAGCUUCCGGUGCCCUUCAUUUCAUGUUAUUCUACUUGACUUCAUGUGAAAUUUAAAUGGAAGAGAAGUUUUUCUCGUGGUUAUUUUGUUUACGGGUUUUUUUCCCACAUCUUGACAUAAAUGUCGCUCACACGAAUAUUAAAACCACUUGGAAAUGCAGUGCA